ACAAAAGAAAAAAAAUAAUCCAGGGGCGCUGGCGCUUUUGUAGAAAGAAAAAUAUUUUUUUUUAAAAAUCAAAAGCUUUAUUAUUUAAUGAGGAACCAAUAUUUAAUGCUAGGCUUGCCCUGCUAAUGUUAGACAAUGCCGAGCAGUACAGUGUUUACAGACAUGGAGAGGGAGGAUGGUGAGUCUGGGCCUCUCCACAUCGCCAUGGAACAGCUCACCGUGUUCGGCCUGGAGGAGCCGCCGCCUCCUCACCCUCCUCCGCCCGUACCUCUGGCUCAGCAUCGCCGGGGCCUGGAGGGCGAGGCCCCCUCUCCUCCGAGCCCUCCCGCCGCCGGGGGAGAGCCGCUGCCGGUGUCCGGGCCGCCGCUCCUCCUGCAGGGCCCGGUGAGCGGGAGUCAGCCCGGAGCGGCCCCUUCCCCCUGUCCCUGCCCGGCCGCCGGAGGAGGAGGCGGGCUGCCCCUCGUCUCUUCCGUCCUGGCUCUGUUCGAGGCCGAGCAGAUGCAGCUCCAGCAGCAGCAACAGCCCCGAAAGAAGAGCGUCAACAUGACCGAGUGUGUGCCGGUUCCUAGCUCCGAGCAUGUCGCCGAGAUCGUGGGCAGGCAGGGUUGCAAAAUCAAGGCACUGAGAGCAAAAACCAACACUUAUAUCAAGACUCCAGUUAGAGGAGAGGAGCCCAUUUUUGUCGUCACUGGGAGGAAGGAGGAUGUGGCUAUGGCUAAAAGAGAGAUCAUUUCAGCUGCAGAACACUUCUCAAUGAUACGAGCAUCAAGAAACAAAAAUGGAGCAGUGCCUGGGGCAGCACCUGGAAUAGCUGGCCUCUCUGUACCUGGCACCCCAAAUCUACCUGGGCAAACCACCAUUCAGGUACGAGUGCCCUACCGUGUGGUGGGUCUGGUGGUAGGGCCCAAGGGCGCCACAAUUAAGCGAAUUCAGCAACAAACCCAUACGUACAUAGUCACUCCUAGCCGUGAUAAAGAGCCAGUGUUCGAAGUGACUGGCAUGCCUGAAAAUGUUGAUCGGGCCAGGGAAGAGAUAGAAGCGCACAUUGCAGUUCGUACAGGCAAUUACAUCGAAAUCAAUGAAGAAAAUGACUUCCAUUCCAAUGGCACAGAUGUGAGUUUUGACAGUGGUGGAUUUGAGUCCACAUGGGGGAAGAUGAACUCCAUUCCUGCACGCAAUAGACUUCUCUCCAGCUACAGAAAUGACAGCUCGAGCUCCCUUGGCAGUGGAUCAACUGAUUCCUACUUUGGAAGUAACCAGAUGACUGACUUCAGCCCAACAAGCCCAUUCAGCGCAGGUGGUUUCUGGUUCGGAGAAUCAUUUGCAACCAUGAGCUCUGAAGAUCUGGGGUUUGAAUCGCCUGCCUUUGACCCCCUUCCAGCCACAGCUCAAUCUGUGAUCUGGUGUCCAUUUGAACAGGCAAAUCCUAUUGGCUUUGGUAACGAAUCAACAACUGGUACAAUAGCCCGUGACAGCCAACCCACCACCCCUCGUCUAUCACCAACGUUUAUAGAAAACAUAGAGUUCCCCCUUGCUGGAAGGCCAUGCAGUGACCCCUUGAACAUGGCGAGUCAAGUCGAGCUUCCAGUAUACAUCUCUGCCUUCUCCAAUGGUACAAGCUACUCCUCUUCCAAUGGUAGUACUACUUCUGGUUCACCCACCGACUCAUCUGGCUCUGGUAUGGCCCGGGGGAAACGCGAUUGUGUGGUCUGCUUUGAAAGUGAAGUGAUUGCAGCCCUGGUGCCGUGCGGCCACAACCAUUUCUGUAUGGAGUGUGCCAACCGAAUCUGCGACAAAGAAGAGCCAAAGUGUCCAGUGUGCAACACACCUGUUACUCAGGCCAUUCGCAUCUACUCUUAACUCAAUGGACUACUUGGGAGGGUGGUGAUUGAGCAGGAAGGGGAAAGCUUAUGUUGGUACUUGUCUGAAAACUUCCUACUGCUAAAAUGUGACUGUUAUGUAGUUGGGUUCUUAGGAUUAGGUUACAAGUUUUCUGUAAAUUUUAAAUAAGUUGGGUAAUACCUUUUUUUCUGUAAGGCAAACUCAUUUCAUGGAUCACAGUACAAGAUGGGUCAGUUUAUUUGAGUAUAUACGUGCAGGAUUUGAGAGCGUACUUGACAGUGUAGAAGUGGCCCUUGAGCUUUUUUAACUUUUUUAAACUACCACUAUCAUCCCCUUUUUCCAGAGGGAUGCAUGUUCUGAAUAUAGGCCCUCAGUUUAAUUACCAGUCUCUGCCAAGUUAGCUGAUCUCCAGCAGUCCAGUAGUAAGGAUGCUAACAAAAGCAAAAUCGAUCAUUUUUCCUGUUCCCCUUUCUGACUUAUCCAAUUAUUACUAGGAAGUGUGUAACUUUUUGGGUGAGGAAGCAAUUGAAUGAAGUUGCGAUACCUCUGACAAGUAAUCUAGUAGCCUAUUGACUUUCUCUUUUAUUCCCUCUGCCUCCCUCCCUUUUUCCCACUGACCCAACACCGAACCCAAUUUGGUUUAAACAUAAGUGUCCACAUUUGGGUGAGCUACCAGAGGGCUGCUGGCACCUGUGGAACUCUAUCCUAGGGCUUUAAGUAGAGCUGUGAAAGUGGGCAAAAAAAAAGACAAAACUGGGGCAAAGAAGAAAGGAUUGAAGUAGUGUAAUGAAUGUGAAGUAUUGAGUAAAAUUUAGUUGUACACUAGAGGAGAUUUGUAAUUGAAAAAAAGAACUGAAUUCAUUAGUGAGUUAUGAAAGGUUCGCCCUCUCUCUCUUGUCUCCCUCUCUCCUCCCCCCCCACCCCCAGUUAUUUUAUUUAAUAACAUUUUUUUAAAUGUUGAAUAAAUUGUUCUUGUGAUGGGAAAUGUGACUAUCACACAAUUUGUGAACCAAAUUGAACUAGGCAGUUUACAGCCUUGUGUUGUAUUGUCUCCUGUGUCUAACACAUGCCAUUUGUCUUGAACUAAAAGUACCCCAAUUGCAGGAUGCACAAAUAAGUUUUUGCAGUGAGGUAUAAUCAAGUACCGUAUAAAAAUAGAGGGGAGAGGAACACUUAGUAUUCCCAUAUUUAUUGAGAGGAGGGAGAGAAAUGAGGAAAAUUAAUCUCAUUCUCUCCUUUUUGGGGUCUUAAUGUUCAGCCAAGUCGGUAAGUAAUUUGUACCCAGGCUGCUGCAUGGUUUGUCAGUGCUCCCAGAGUGAGACUCCCUCUGGAUUCUUGGCUCAUUUCCUUGGGGGGAAAUACUGGUUAAUGGAACAACGGAGUGAUUUUCAGCACGUGGUGCAUUGUGGAUUGUGACUAAUUAUUAUCCCUCAAGGUAGCUGCAGAGCCCUGCUGCUGAAGAUUUCAAAACUUGCAGCAACCUGAGUCAUUUGUCCAGGAAUGAUUAAGCUUCAGCCUCAAACUGUACUUUCUCUUUGAACCCUUGGAUGAAUACCCAGUGCAGCUUCCUUUCUCAUCCCAUACAUAUUUCUUUCUGUUCUCAUCCAUGUACCUAGGCUGACGAAUACUCAGCAAUAAUGACCUCUUUUCACUGCUGUAUUGAAAAUUGACCAGAAGCAUUUAUUGUUGGUAACCCUCUCUUUGAGGGGAAGCUUAGUCUUUCUUACUGCUGAACCAUCCAAUGUGGUAACUGGUCAGAUGAAGGGAAUCCAAACUAGAAUGUUAUUAACCAAUAUGGCACCACCACACAUCCAUCUUGUAGCAUAGUUCACAGUUCUGUCAUUCUUGCAUUAUUAAGGAAACUGAGAAAAGUAUUUUUGGGAUUUGUAAUGCUUUGCAGAUCUCAUUUAAGGUUCAUGCUUUUCAAAAGCCCAUCUCUAUUCAUUGCUGAGAUUUAAUCACAUUUACUUGAGCUUCAACUGUGGCACUGAAGGUAAUUGAUCUGUCUGAGGCAACUGGAGUGCUGAUCUUCCUGAACCUACAGGUCUUUGAGGGUAGUUUAGGAAGUAGGUGAAACCAUUGGUUAAAACACUUAUGGUCAGGUGUUAAAUUUAGUUGAUGCGGAACUACUGCUUAGUUUGGCAGUAGUAGUUGGAGUGUUUUUUUUCUGUUGCAUAGGAACUCUACUGAUGAGUUAGCUGCUGUGAGGGAAAAACAGUUGGUUAAUUGGACCACUUGUAUUUUAAUUGCAAUUUGGCUGUACUGGUUUUAUUGUGUAAUCUGUGGAAAACAGUAAACUGCUGAAAUUCAAUUGAUUUAGAGACACCUGUGCUCGUUAUGGUCCCAUAAAGAUGCUGGAUUUGGGGUGAGUGGUUGUCGUAGGACCAAUGUUAAGAAUUUCAACCACGCAUCCUCAUGUUUUUAAAAAUUUGUAUACAGUAUUGAAAUCAUAUGCUUUUAAGUUACAAUUCUUUCUGUAGAUUGGUUGAUAAACGAAAUGCACAGGUCUCAUCUAAAACAAGCUAAUGUAACGUAAAACUUUGUUUUUCUCUAGGUAUGUGUAGACUGUGUCAGAUGGUUGACUAGGGAUUGCUGUCCUAUUUGCUUUAUGGGUGAAAUGGGCAAAGCUGAUUUGCACCUAUAUAGUUUGUAAUCAACCUUGUUCUUUGACAGCUGGUUGUUGUAUGGGCAUCUGUCUGGUAGUCUUAGCUGCUGAAGUCUUAUUUCUGAUUCAUAGAUUUCUCAGCAGCAAAACAUUCACUUGUCACCUCUUUCGUUUGCUUAAAAAUAGGUUUUGCAUGUGGUGUUAUGGAAUAAUGAUAAAUGAGAAUUUAACAUUGGUAAAAUGCAGAAUACUUCAUGUGUUAUUCUAAAUAUGUCCUUGGAAGAUUCAAAAAUACCAUCAAACGUCCAUACCGCUACAAAACCAACAAGUUUGUUAUCAGAUUUUACCCAGUUCAGGAAGGGAAUGUCUUCUGUCUAGUGCUGGGAGGGUGUAGUUUGGAGAUUCAUUGUGGCUUUAAAGCAGCAAGACAUCAGGCAAGUUGUUUAUACUAUGGGACAGCCCAGGAGAGUAUGCUUUCUAAACUCUGGUAGGAGCAUCUUGCAACAGACAUAGUACUGUCAAUGAAGUGGUGUGUUCAUUUUUUUUUAAAAAGGUUUUUCCAUCCUUAACCUUUUUAAUUAAAAAAAAGUUUUUCCAGCUGCACAGCUACAAUAUAGGCUCCUUAAGAUUCUAUAAUCUCUUGCAUAAAUGUUGCUCCUUGUUAAGGAGUGAUGUGAUGACUUUUAGAUCAAAUUAUGCAUGCUUCCUUUCUCUUUCCCCCCCGCCUCCCCUCCCCAACCUUGUGUAUUCCCAACGCAAGUGUCUUGUAAAAUUUUCCCUGUAAUGAGUUGUCUUUACACAAGUCUCCUAAAAUCUGAUCAUCACUAGGCAUAUUUUAUUUGUUAGGUUUGUAGCCUUUGAAUUUCUUUUCUUUUCUUUCCACAAAAUAAAAAAGAACUUAGUUUCCAAACUCAGUGAAGUUCCAUGAUUAUAGACCUUUACCUCAGCUCUUAGUCACCCAGAGAUAUCUGCUCCACACGAUUAAGUGGUGACAGAUCUGUUUCAUUAGACAUUUUGUUGAAGGGGCUGGUCUGUUAAACUGUGAAAUGUAGGUUAGCACUUUACACUCACUCCCCUACCAUUUUCCUUGGUUUAUUUUGCAUUCCUGUUUCUGAAACAGAUGUGAGGCUGUACCAUUGUUCUCCAAAUCCAAAAUCUCAUUUUAAUUGUGUUAUCGAGGUGAUCAUUCCAUGAUUGUCAUAAAAGUAAAUUAGAAAUGAAAAGUGACAGCAAGCUUAUCAGUAUAUCUACUGUAAAUCCUUGGUUAUUUUUAGCCGACAAAAUUAAAUUUCAAAUAAGUGGACUAGCGGCUUACAGUUUCUGGUAUUAAAUAGAUUGAAAAUAACUUGGAAAUAUUAACCUUAUGGAGAAUAAUGUGUCAAGUCCCAAUUGGAGGCUUACAGUUUUGUCCCAGGACUACUUAUUGACUGCAUAAUUUUGAUGAACUUCUGUUCUUCAACCAGGCUAGUAAUUUAAAUGCAAUAUGGAAGUAAUGUGUACCAUUGCACUUUGAGUAGAGGGUGGGGUAAGUUUGCAAUGCAGGUCCCACCUACUACCUGGAGCAAGAUGUAUAACAGAAGAAAAUUAGGGGCAGGGAAAACAAAUCACUUAUAAAUUGAUUUGACUUGAAUAAAUGAUCCUUGUGUGCUUAAUAAUGUAGAUGAAACAAAACCAUGAGGCGAUCUAGUGUCUUGACAAUUUGACGUACAGAGCAGGAAGGUCCAUGUUUCUGCUGAGUUAACUGAUUUCUGCAGGAGUGGCAUUUGAAACACUAGAUUGGCAUUCCCCAGUCAGUAAGAUGGAAAUUUGACAGAGCUGUUGGCACCUGAUUGCAGUUGCAUAACCCCAAAUUUCCUGAAAUUGAACACCCUGCUAACACUCACAGUUGAGGCUUGCGCACAAUUGAUGGCUAUUUGGAUGAGAUGUCAGGAAGUAAUCAGCAUGUGAAUCCAAACCCUGGCAAAUAGCCAAUACCUUCAGAUAAUGGAAAGCGAGAAAAUUGGCAGUGGGGGAAUUGUUUAAAAAGGGAAGAGGGUCCAGUAGAUUUAAUUUUUCCUACUGCCGUACAACAGCAUUAUUUCAGUACAAAAAUGGUUUUUGUUCUCCACUCAACAAGGGCAAGUUUAACUUCUGUACUUGUAAAUAUAAAUAUAUUCAUCUAGUAGAUAUACAAUUUUAUUUUUAUUUCCACUUGAAAAGUUACAUUUCGUAUUCAAAGUUUACAAAAAUAAAGGUUUUUAUUUUGAGAUUUUUUCAGUAUGAGAAUUGCCUUGAUGGCAUCUAUGAUGUAAUGCGUAACUUCACUGCUAAUUUUUGCUUGUAGACUAGUUGAUGUCAGUAUUAAGAUUAACACUAGUUGCCAUCUUGGAAUAGAUAAUGAACGAAUGUUCACUGAGCAUGUAUUUUGUAUCUAUAAACCUUUAAAUUGCAUUGUACACUAUGAUUGACAAGCCAAGGAAUAACGUGUACUAUUUCUAUUAAAAACACAAACCGAGAAUGGCAAAAACAUACCAAUAGAAUUUAGUAUUUGCUAAUUUUACUACACCUCGUUUGUUAUGUAUAUGUAGGGAAGUGAUAGGGAUAUAAAUUCAAUUUAUUGAGUAAAGUUUAAAACCAUAUAUUUUAUAAAGGGCCUUUAACUUAAUGUGGCCAAAGCACUGAUAUAUAUUUGCUGUAAAGAGAAUUAUAAGAGUUUUAUUUUUCUGAUAUUAAAAGUUACUUAAUAAAGACGGUUUCCAUUAAAA